AUGUCAUCCGCACAACGCUACUUCCGCAUCACCCUCCUCCGCUCCGCCAUUGGUCUCCCCGGUCGCACUUCCCGCAUCCUCGCCGCCCUGGGUCUGCACAACAAACGCCUACGCACCGUCUACCACCCCGUCAGCCCCGAUGUCGCGGGUCAAAUCUUCGCGGUCAAGGAGUUGGUGGAUGUGCAGGAAGUCGACCAGGCGUUGACUCAGCAGGAGCUCAGGGAGUUGCGGAGGCCGGACAAGGGGUGGUAUGUUGAGCGGAGGGCGGCGGAGGGGAGGAGUGGUUAA